AUGAACUAGAUGGACAUUCAGAUGGUACUCCAUGCGAAAUAAAGGAGGCUACUACUUCGUCAUAUCUGCUUUCAGUCGAUGAUAUCGGUUUCUUCAUUUCCGUUUCUUAUGAACCUGUGAGAAAUGACUGGGCUCGUGGACCCAUGGUUGUUUCUGAAGUAGUUGGACCAAUUGUAGCCGGCCAUCCAAAUUGUCAGUCAUUGGAGUUUCUUGGAUCAAUGAUUGAAGGGCAACGUUUGAGCUUUGUUGCUUCAUAUACUGGAGGGAUAAAAGGAAAUUGCUCUCUUGAAUGGUUUAGGGUGAAACGUAAUGGUGUAAAGGAAAAAGUACUGAGUAACGAUGAGUUUUUGGAUUUAUCACUGGAGGAUGUCGGGGAAAGCAUUGAACUUAUUUACACUCCUGUUCGUGAAGAUGGAAUAGAAGGGAGUCCUAGGAGCAUCAGGUCUGAUAACAUUGCUCCAGCAAAUCCUAUGGGUCUUGAGCUUUUAGUUCCUGACUGCUGUGAGAAACAAGAGGUUGUACCUCGUAAAACUUAUUUUGGGGGCCAUGAAGGUCUCGGAGAGUAUAUUUGGUAUAGAACAAAGGACAAGUUGCAUGGAUCUGCGCUCACGGAAAUAUCAUAUGCCGGUGAAGAGGUUAUUGCUUGUUGUAGAACAUUAAACUAUACUCCAUCACUUGAUGAUGUGGGGGCAUAUCUAGUCUUGUACUGGAUUCCUACUCGCGUAGAUGGGAGAAGCGGGAAGCCAGUUGUUUCGAUAACUAACUCUCCUGUUGCCCCAGCUGAUCCAGAAGUAUUUAAUGUUGGUGUGAAGAAACUUUUUUCGGAUGCUUAUUCUGGAGAAGGAGAGUAUUUUGGCGGCCAUGAAGGUGCAAGUCUCUUCAGUUGGUACAGAGAUAUUGAUGGAACCAUUGAUCUUAUUGCUGGGGCUAACUCCAAAACCUAUGAGGUGACUGAGUCAGAUUACAACUGCAGCAUAUUGUUCGGGUACACACCAGUUCGUUCAGAUUCUGCUGUGGGAGAGCAAAAGAUGUCUGAGCCAACUGAUAUCAUCCUCCCAGAGGUUCCAAAAGUAGACAUGCUUGCUUUCACCGGAAAGGCUGUACAGGGUGAUGUUCUCACAGCCGUACAAGUGAUCCCAAAGACGGAAAUUCAACAACUUGUUUGGAGCAAGUACAAGGGAGCUAUUGAAUACCAAUGGUUCCACUCACUGGAAUCAGGGGAUAAGAUAUCGUAUGAAGCUCUCUCUUCAGAAACUUCGUGUUCAUACAAGGUGCGGUUCGAGGAUAUUGGCAGAUGUCUCAAAUGUGAAUGUAUAGUACAUGAUGUGUUUGGAAGGUCUAGUGAACCAGCAUAUGCCGAGACUGGUCCAAUAUCUCCAGGUUUCCCUAGGAUAGAGAAGCUUGAGAUUGAAGGAGGAGGUUUCCACACCAACUUAUAUGCUGUUCGAGGCAAUUAUUUUGGUGGUAAAGAGGGAAAGAGUAAAAUCCAAUGGCUUAGAUCAAUGGUUGGAAGCCCUGAUCUCAUCUCAAUUCCAGGUGAGACAGGAAGAAUGUAUGAAGCAAAUGUGGAUGAUGUUGGAUACAGACUGGUUGUUGUAUAUACACCCAUACGUGAAGAUGGUGUUGAAGGUCACCCAGUUUCUGCAUCAACAGAACCUAUUGCUGUUGAACCUGAUCUUUACAAGGAAGUGAAGCAGAAAUUGGAAACUGGGUUAGUGAAGUUUGAGGUGCUAUGUGACAAGGACCCUUAUCCCAAAAAGAUUGUGGGAGAGGGAAAUCUGGAGAGACGAAUGCUAGAAAUGAACAGAAAGAGAAUAAAGGUUGUGAAACCAGGUACAAAGACGUCUUUCGCAACUACUGAAGUUCGUGGAAGCUAUGUUCCUCCUUUCCACGUUGAAACAUUUCGUAAUGACCAGAGAAGGUUAAGGAUUGUUGUGGAUAGUGAGAAUGAAGUAGACAUGGUGGUGCAUUCACGUCAUCUCCGUGAUGUUAUAGCACUUGUCAUCCGCGGAUUUGCUCAGCGGUUCAACAGCACUUCACUCAAUUCGCUACUCAAGAUCGAAACAUAA